AUGGCCACAGAAGCCCCUGUGAACAUAGCACCACCUGGACGCAGCACCGUUGUCAGCGCCACAGCUGACAGCUGCAUCUGGCAGCCAAACGCACUGAACAUGCACGUCAUAAGGCCCAAGUCCGCCAAGGGACGCACACGGCCGAGUCUGCGCAAAUCCCAGGACACAGAGGUGGGCUCUCACCGCACACUGUCUUCACCUCCAGCCAUUCCCUGUGAGUCACCAAGUAGCCAAAAGCCAGAAGCCUGUGCACCCAAAUCUCCAAAACAGGGAGCUUCCGAUGAGAUUCCAGAGCUGCUCCUGCAGCAAGUGCCUCUUGGGGCCUCCUCCUGUCUCAAUAAAUACCCAGUCCUUCCUUCUAUCAACAGAAAGAACCUGGAGGACGGGGCCUUGGAAACAGUAGCCGAACAGGCCAGCUCACUGCAGCUCAGCAGCAUCCGGGCUCUUCCCCAAAAGGAGAUCUGUACCUUGAAGACCAACGAAGCUUCCAGAGCUCAAGUUUGCACCUUGGAGAAGAAACUCGUGCAAACCAAGAGACAGGGCUCCCCCAGGCCCAGAAACUUGGAGGAACCAUCAGACCAAGAACCAAGGCUGUUGCUCGCCAUCAGAUCACCGUCAGGCCAAAGGUUUGUCCGCCACUUCCGGCCAACUGAUGAUUUGCAAACCGUUGUUGCUGUGGCCGAACAAAAGAACAAAACCCUCUAUGGACACUGCAGCAUUGAAACAAUGGAGGUGCCCAGGAGACGUUUCUCUGACCUCACCAAAUCUCUGCAAGAGUGCAGAAUCCCCCACAAGUCGGUGCUGGGCAUCUCACAGGAAGAAGUGGAGGGGUGGCCCUGA